AUGUCGGUAACAUACACCGCACAGUGCUUCGUCCGACCCUCGUUGUCCUCUCUACGCUCGCCGUACGAGCACCUGACACCGGUGGAGCCCGAUAGAGCUUUCUCCCUGGCGGACGUGCUAGCCAUCAGGAGCAUCCAUCCGUUCUACAGCCCACAUGUUCUGUACCCGCCAAAUUCCGACGCCAUCCGGAAGGCGAGGAGACGUGCGGCAAGGGAAGCCGGCGAGAUGGACUUGAAGCGCCAGCCGUUGUUGUGGAAGAAGGACCUCUAUACCGCCAUUGAACGCCUCAUUAACGACCCGAGCCACCAAAACACCUUCCGCCAGAGCAUCUACACGAGCACGACUGGGGGCGGUUCCGGGUCGAAACCCCUCUUCUUCGCAACCGACGUCCACGAAAACCGCCGCCAGAGGGCGCUCUUUGGUCGCUUCUUGCGACACAUAGGGCUGGCGACGGAGAAGGACUGGAUCGUCACGGUGCACUCCGCCGGGAAUCUGUACAGGUCGUUGGACCUGACCUUGGAGCUGUUGGAAAACGCCGGCGCCACGGUGCUUGCAGCAGGACACGACAUGCCGCCCGCCGCCGUCGUCCGGCUCGUCACGCAGUACAGCGCCAACGUGUUGAGCGGCGACUCGGGCCAGAUCGUGUCCAUGGUACAUUACAUCUCGACUCUCCCGCCAGACGAGCGGGCCAAGUUCAGCAUCAACAAGAUCAUCUACACCUCGGAGAGCCUCACGGCGGCGCAACGCGCCCACAUCCGCGCCGUUCUCGGCCCGGACACCCAGAUCUGCUCCAUCCUGGGCAGCGCCGAGGGCGGGCCCUACGCGGCCAGCAGCAGCACGCACCUGUCGCGAGACCACCACCACCACCACCAGGAGGACGCCUCGUCGGACGGCGACUUCCAGGACUUCAUCGUCGACGACCGGAUGACCCGGAUCGAGAUCCUGCCGACGUGCGUGCCGGAGAACGACGCCAGCCCCGUCUCGGCCUGUGUCCCGGACGGCGAGCGCGGGAUGAUUGCCCAGACGUCGCUGACGCGGCUGCGGAACCCGCUCGUGCGCUACAUCACGGGCGACAUCGGCUCGCUGCACCGGCUCCCCCCGCAGGCGGCGGCGGCGCUCCCGGCGCGGGAGCGGCAGCACAUGUACGUGCUCCGGCUGUACGGCCGGGACCGGCGGUUCAGCUUCGAGUGGGGCGGCGAGUACUACGAGUUCCGCAACCUGGUUCCCUUGAUGAACGACGCGCGGCUGGGGAUCCUGCAGUGGCAGGUGGUGCUGGACAAGGCCGAGGGGUCCGAGGAGGCGUGGCUCGAGGUGCGGGUGCUCCGGGCCGGCGAGGACGUGGGCGGUAGCGGAAACGGCGGCGGCGGCGACGGCGACGGCGUCGUCUCCAAGGAGGAGCUCACGAGACGGAUUGGGACCUUCUUCAGCUUGUGCGCCGCCAACGAGGAGCGGUUCCGGCUGGUGUUCCUGGACGGCCUCGACGAGUUCGAGCUGUCCACCGGCGGACGGAAGGUUGUCAAGUUCAUCGACCGAUUUAAUUGA